UAGUGAGUAAUCCCUUUCUUUGUGAACUGGGUUGCAGGUUUUCAAAGAAAGAGGAGAAAAGGAGGUUUUUUUCUUCAAUGUAAAACCAAAAGCUUUGACUGAAACGGCCAUGGCAGAAGGGUUGAGCACAUUCAGUCUUGUGCAGAAAAACCAAAAAGCAAGCCCAGACAAGACUGUCAGUUCCCUUGCUUCUCUCUAGGGUUUACACGUUUUGACUUGCUACUCUCUCACGGGCCCCCAGUCCCAACCGUAAAUCACACUCUCUCUCUCUCUAGUUUUUCUAGAGCUCAGUGGACCAUGGAUCCUCUACAAAAGUUAUCAAUUAUUUCUCCUGCAACUCCAUUGAGUAUCAAGCUUUCUGAUAUCGGCUCUUCUUUUGCCUCAGUUUUCGUAUUGUCACCUCUGGCAAUUGAAAACAGAGGAGCUCUUUAAUGCUAACUCUGUCAGUUUCUUGGCUUUCCUCAUAUGGAUUUUUGUUCUAGCCCCUGAUUUUGCCAUUCUUAUGGCUUUUGAGUGGAUUUCAUGAUAGUUUGUUGUCUUUCCCAAUUGGGUUUUGGCUCAUCAAUGGCUUUUCCCUCUCAACCAGGUGGGUUUUGCUUGUGACCUCAAGUUCUCUCUCUAAUGGCUUCUGCGAUCCAGAGACACAGCCUACCACCUCUUGCCCCUCCCAUGACACCAACUCAACAGUUCUAUAUGCCCUCACAACCACCAGUAAACACCAACUUCUCCAUCUUGGCCAUAGCCAUCAUAGGCAUAUUGGCCACUGCCUUCUUGCUAGUGGGCUACUAUGUGUUUGUGAUCAAAUGCUGCUUAAAUUGGCACCAUUUUAGCCGUCGAUUUCAAGCUUUCAGAGGCUUCUCAGAUCACCACAUCCAUCACUCUGAACAUCUCAUGGUCUUCGCCCCUGCUCCGAGCCACGGCCUCGAAGAAUCGGUGAUCCAAUCGAUCCCUCUCUAUCUCUACAAAAGGGGAGAUGGGUUCCUCUCUCUGGAUGAAUCCCAUGACUGUGCCGUUUGUUUAACCGAGUUUAGAGAUGGAGAGAGACUGAGAAUCUUGCCCAAAUGUAUCCAUGCUUUCCAUAUAGAUUGCAUUGAUACAUGGCUCCAAACUCACUCAAAUUGUCCACUUUGUAGAUGCAUAAUCUCAAACCCAUCAGUUUCAGUGACCAUUAGGAAUGAAACCCAAAAUCCAGAGCCCAUCAACUUUCAAAACAAUGAGAAUGGAUCCACAGAAACAGUCACUGAUCAAACCCAAAAUCACCAGAGCUUUAGAGAUGGUAACGAGGCUUCGAAUUCAGGGGAGAGCUCAAUUCUGCAAGCCCACCACACCCCAAGUCCAAGAAAGCUUGAAUCAAGAUUAGGAAUGAGAAUUCUUCCAAGAAAACCAACAUCUUCGAGAGCUAAAGUUCAUAGGCUGUCGAGCUUGGGCGAUGAGUGUAUUGAUGUGAGAGAAUUGGACAACGGUUUCGAUGUUCAACCAAUUAGAAGGUCAUUUUCCAUGGAUUCUUCAGCUGAUAGGCAGCUCUAUAUAACAGUUUCAGAGAUAUUGGCACAAAAUCCCCAAUUUCAUGAGAUUAGCAGGAGCAAUGGUGAAUGUGGAAGCAGCAGCAGUGGCAGGGUUCGAAGGUCUUUCUUCUCGUUUGGCCAUGGCCGAGGUUCAAGAAGCUCAAUUCUUCCAAUUGAGGCCUACACUACACCAAAUGGAUUUGGCUUUAGCAUGGAGUGUCCCAACCUGAAAAGGCAGAAGUGACAAAAAACAACCGAU